UCCUCCCACUUGGAAAAAGGCACUCCCCUCUGAGGGAAACUGAAACUAUUUCAGCUUGAUGAGUGAAAAUGGCUCACAGUUUGGAUCUGUUUGAGUGCCCUAUUUGUUUACACUUACUGGAGGAACCUGUGACCACCGCCUGUGGACACAGUUACUGCAGGAAAUGCAUCAACACUUUCUGGUGUUCAAACAGAGAAGAAUACAGCUGUCCUCAGUGCCGAACAACUUUCAACACAAGGCCUGAUCUUCAGAGGAACACCCUUCUGGGAAACCUGUUGGAGGAAUAUAAGAAGCAAAGUCAAAGUACUGCUGGUUGUGAAGAGGAUGCUGCCGCACCAGGAGAUGUGCUGUGUGAUGCCUGCACAGGGAGAAAAAGAAAAGCUAAGAUGUUCUGUCUUAUGUGUUUAGCCUCUUUCUGUGAGACGCACCUGCAGCCUCACGUCGAGGUACCGGUGCUGAAGAAGCACAAGCUGAUCCGAGCCUGCGCCAGGAUCAAGGAAAGCAUUUGCUCCCAUCACGACAGACGUCUGGAGAUUUACUGUCGCUCUGAUGAGCAGCUGUUGUGUCCGCUUUGCGUGGUGGAGCACAAAGGCCAUGACAUCGUAGAAGUUAUGACUGAAAAACAGGAGAAACAGCAACAAGUGGAUCGUGCUAGGCAGGAAAUCGAAGACAGAGUGCUGGUUUCACUGCUUGAAAUGAAGGAACUAACCAAGGCUGCAGAUGCCAUCAGAGAUGCCGCCUGGGAGGCCUGUGAUGACUUUGAGCGAGAGUGCUCAGAACACAUUAUUUCCUAUGUCAUCUUUCUGGAGAGAAAAUGCUCUGAGAUGAGAGACAAAGUUGGACAAGAGGAGAAAGUUGGCGUGGACUGGACAGCAGGUCACCUGGGUCAGCUGGAGCAGGAAGUGAAUAAACUGAGAAGGAUGGAGCACAGACUCCACCAGCUUUCUCUAAUAGACGAUCCCAUUCAGUUUCUUAAAGAUUUCCAGGCCAUGGGGGAACGUCCUGCAGUCACAGACUCACAGCAGCAAUUUCAAGCGCCGGCUCAGGUUGUGUCUGCACACAAAGACAAGCUGAAAAAAAUGUGCGACAAGCAAAAAAGUGAAUUAUUUGUUCAUUUUAAAGAUUUGUCAGUGUCAUCGUUUCAGAAGAAUCCUCGCAUGCCGAUACAAUCAAGAAAAGACCUUUUGCUCAAGCGCACCACUCUGGAUCUGGAUCCCAACACAGCACAUGAAUGCCUUUCCGUGACAAACACAAAGAAGGAGAUAUCAUGGGCAACAACAGGCCAAUCUCACUCUGAUCACCCAGGCCGAUUUACUCGCUUCUACCAGGUUCUGUGCCAAAAUGGCCUUCAGGAAAACCACUACUGGGAGGUGGAAUGGGACGGCGGCAUCGUCGAGGUGGCUGUGUCUUACAAAGAAAUACAACGAAUGGGUUCAGGCAAAGGCAGCUGUUUUGGUCAUAACAAGCUGUCGUGGAAGUUAAUCUGCUCUCCUUCUGGAUGCACCUUUUGGCACAACAGUCUUUACAAAGGCCAGAUUCCUCCAGCUCGCUCCCAUAGAGUGGGUGUGCACCUCGAGUAUCGAGAAGGAAGGCUGAGUUUCUACAGCGUUUCAGGCCCAGAAGAGAUUAAGCUCCUGCACCAAAUCCGAACCACAUUCACCAAGCCGCUCUACCCUGGAUUCACUGUUGAUUUGGGUGCAACGCUGUCGAUUUGUGACAUUUGACCUUGUCAGUGAGCAUGUGAAGGAAUCAAAACAGUAAAUUAAUACAGCACAAAUAUUAAAUCUGUGAAAGAUUUUGUAGAUCUAUUUAGAUCAAAUAUAGAAAUAGGUAUUCUUUCACCUUUUAAAUCUUUAAUUUCUUUGUUGCUUUUUGGCUUUUUAAGAUGUUUUAGUUCUGGAGCUCUCUCUGUGUUUAAUCUAACGUCCAUUUUGUAAAACUGUUCUGAAAAUGAAGUUCAAUAAACAUUGCUGAACACA